UUUGGGGAUAGAGCAUCCUGGGAAAUCUUAUAGUACCGAGAGUUCCAACAUGGCGGCCUCCAGGUUCUUCCUUCGACAUUGUCUCCAACAGUUGGGGGUCAGGCACUGUUACACCGCAACUCGACCAAACCUUGCCAUAGGAAAGGACACCAAAGUCAUCUGCCAGGGCUUUACUGGGAAACAGGGAACAUUUCACAGCCAGCAGUCGAUAGAGUAUGGCUCUCAGAUGGUGGGAGGCGUGUCACCAGGCAAGGGAGGGAAGACUCACCUCGGACUACCUGUCUUCAACUCCGUCAUAGAGGCCAAAGAAGCCACCGGCGCUGUUGCGUCUGUCAUCUACGUGCCGCCGCCGUUUGCUGGGAAGGCCAUCCUGGAAGCCAUCGAUGCGGAGAUGUCACUGGUGGUGUGCAUCACGGAGGGAAUUCCCCAGCAGGACAUGGUUAAGGUCAAACAUCGACUGGUCAGGCAGGACAAGACACGGCUCAUCGGACCCAACUGUCCAGGAAUUAUCAAGCCUGGAGAGUGUAAGAUAGGAAUCAUGCCAGGACACAUCCAUCAAAAAGGAAACAUAGGUAUUGUGUCCAGGUCAGGGACUCUGACGUAUGAAGCCGUCCACCAGACCACCAGGGCCGGGCUGGGACAGACGUUAUGUAUCGGUAUCGGAGGCGAUCCCUUUAACGGCACCAACUUUGUGGACUGUCUGGAGACGUUUCUGGCAGACCCUGACACCAAGGGCAUCGUCAUGAUCGGGGAGAUCGGGGGCAGCAUGGAGGAGUCAGCAGCAGACUAUCUUAAAGAACACAACACUGGUCCCAACAAGAAGCCUGUUGUGUCCUUCAUUGCUGGUGUGACAGCGCCCCCUGGCAGGAGGAUGGGCCAUGCAGGUGCCAUCAUCUCCGGCGGGAAGGGAGCAGCUCAGGACAAGAUCCAGGCUCUGCAGGAGGCCGGCGUGGAGGUCACCAUGUCACCAGCCCAGAUGGGAACAACCAUGUUACAGCUGAUAUCUGGACGACCCGCCGCGUCUUCUAUCUGAACUUGACACCCUGCUUUUCACUGUCUGGUUUCAAGGAAAUGCAGAAACUUGGAUUGUAGAGAGGAGUUCAACAAAGUUACACGUCUCCCCCUCCCCCUAUAGGAUUGUUAUCAGUCAAGAUCAUAGGUUUCUGUGGGGGAUAUUUUGCUUAAAUCUUGUGAAAUAUUUGGUAGUGCCUUUAGACCAAUUCAACUGUCUUGUGUGUACAUGGCUGUAGAAAUUCCUUGGUUUGAACUCAAGUCAAUAUCUCACAUGCCCCAUGAUUCUAAGAAGGGAAAUAUGUCCCCAUUUGUUGGAGAAUGUCUUACAUUGAAGUAAUAUUACAAAGCACAGUACACAUUGUAAUCCAUUGAGCCAUGUGCGAUAUAAGACCAAAGUUAAGGCCUCUGGCUUGUACAUGUACUUUUUGUAGACAAAAAAUGGUUUGUCAAACCAGGAGCCUUAGAGUUAGACUUGGCAUCCUGACUCCAUGUGCAUGUGAAACUGUGAAAAGGCUUACACAUUUCUUAGAAAGUACAGACGAUUUUCAGAGCAAGUACAUGUUUUUUAGAAGGUACAGACUAUGAUUUUGAAGGCAAAUAUGAAGUACAACAGUACUACACUGGGGGCAGAUCAUUAGAUUGUCCCUCAAAAUCUUAAUUAUUACUGUUAUCUACACCUUUGUGGAAAAAAUGACUUACAGAAACGACGGUAGUGUGUUCAGUUCAAGCAAGCCCCUUUGCUUUUGAUACAUUUUGUGUAUGGACAAAGAAACUUCUGUGAGUGGUGAUGUCAGUAUUUUAUUUGUAAAAACUACUUACCGUACAUUGUAAUUACAAGAUACAACAAUGUAGUCUAUACAUACAUUUGGAAUGGAAUGAAGAAUUACAAAACAACAAGGGAAAGUCAGUAACA